ACCAAUCUACUACUACUAUAGUUAUUUCAUUUCUUUCUCUGCCUUGUAUCUCAGUCGGUUAUUCCUAUAGUCAUGAUAAUUCUGUCUCUCUUACUCUUAACAUGGUUGCCAAGGUGUAUGCAUCUUUAUCCAUCGAUGCAUUAAAACACGAGCGCCCAACUUUCGACUGGUAGUUGGCAGCCGUGCGUAAAAGAAAUAAAUAAUCAAAGUGACCAUGAAGUGACAAAUAAAGUUGGAAGAACAAUGCUUGUGAGUGAUAGUAAAAUUUAAGUGUAGCGUGCUCUUCCAUAGAUAUACGCGUAUGUUUUUAACGCUAAGAGGAUAAGUGAAAAACGUGGUCGAGCAAGACGCGCGAGAUCAUAAGAUCGCAAACAAGAAGUUGAGUGCAAGCAAGUGUAAGAAGGCCCCGCCGCGCGCUAUGCCCUCACAUUGAUGCCGAGGGUGACAUUUCAACUAUUUAUUCGUCUCAUUUUGUGCCAGUUUCAAGUGUGUUUCCGUACUUUUUCCUGGAACAAAUCUCACUUGUUUUACUCCUUUGCAUACCACGGCUUAUUCAUUUGCCUCCAACAACCUCACUCGUGCCAGUCGGUUAAAUGCACCAACACGCACGACAACUCUAUCUACAGAUUCACGCUGGUAAAGAAAAAAUCCAUGAAAAUCUCCAGCAGCAAAAUAUUCAAGUAACCUGGAUAGAUCAUUAAGUCAUUUAUUUCACUCAUUCUUUUACUCCAAAACUACUCAAGUACCUCAAACAUCCAUUGAUAACCUCAACAACGUACAGAAACGCACAAUUGAACAGUUUCCUAGGUGAUAUCUUCUUGUAAAUCAUGAUUCUCAUGAUUCUAUUUACUUUAAGAGUCUGACAGUGUUAAGCUUAAUAGCUAGUUAACAUGAAAACAGAAAAGAAAUCAAACGAACCAAGUUGUAUUUCAAGUACUGUCGUCAAGGAGGAACCUGACGGCGACACGGUUAAAAUUAAAGAAGAAACAUCAGGUGGUAAUCAUGAUGAUGCACCUGGAGAGGAUACGAAUGAGUGUCCUAGAGAUCCGACUCUUGAUCCUAGUAAUGGAGAAACCAACAUGCCAACUGAUACUCAGAAUGGAACUGGCAAUUCGGCUAUGUUAGGAUUGGUCAAGCAAGAGAAUGAUCACAAUCCUAAUGAUGAUAUUUCUAGUGAUGGAAUCCAACCUUUGGUUAGCAAUGUGCUUGGAAAACAAAUGGGUGGUGGAGCUGGUGGAGAAGCUCAAUAUAUGCAGCAACAAAGCCAAAUAUUUGUAUUUUCCACGACAUUAGCAAAUAAGGGUGCUGAUGCCGUACUACAAGGUCAAUUUCCAUCAAUUAUUGCCUAUCAUUGUGCUCAGCCAGGAACUAAAAAAUAUUUAGAGAAACAUCCAAAUAAAGUAAAUCAAUUUCGACAAAAUCCUGCUCAAUGGCUAAAUAAUCUUGCUAUGAUGAAACAAAAAAAUCAUCAGCCAACACCAGGCAGUGGAUUUACAGCAGAACAGCCCCCUGAUAUACCAGUACUUGAUCCAAAUGCUCCAGCAUUUUGGAAUGAACAGUCCAAUCUUAGAAGUCUUAAUGGUAAUAACUCAUUGGGUAAUCCUGAGACUUCUCUAGAUGAUACAAAUAUAGAUGUGCCUUGCCUUGUUCCAAAUUCUCCAGGAAAUCCGGCGAAUAAUCAAAAUCCUGCAAAUACCACGAUAGGUCCAAGUCCUAAUUUACUCGGAGGAACAACGAGUCCAGGGCCGGGAGGGCUUCAACCAUCUCUUCAAGGUGUCAAAGUUCCUGAUGAAAAUCUAACACCACAACAAAGGCAACAUCGAGAACUGCAACUUGCAACAAUAAGAAAAAUGCACAUGAUGUUAUUUCCAGAACAUAAAGAUGAUCCUAGUGGUGCAUUAGAUUCAACACAAGGUACUCCAGUACCUACUGGUGUUCCUGGAAAUCUUCCACCCGUUAGUACCUCUGGUAGCCAGUGUUCAAGUAAUAUGGAUUGGCAUAAAUUACAGCAUCAAUUUCUUGAUGGAAAAAAUAAGGGAGGAGCUGGUAGUCCUGGUUCAGUUUCGCUUCGUGGGUCUGGUAUGAUUGGAGGUUUACCUCGUAGUCAAGGACCUCCACCGCCAUAUCACCAGACAACACGAUCAGCUAGUGUACCGAUUGCCACACAAAGUCCAAAUCCUUCUUCACCGAAUAAUCCAACGAGUAAUUUGUCGCUGCCAUCACCUAGAGCUAAUUCUGCAUUAAAUUCUCCGGCUGAUUGUAAUAGACAAUUUCAAUUAAAUUCUCAACGACCUGGACAUUUACCGGGGCAGAGCCCGACUAGUCAGGACUCUCCAAACGCUGGAUCAACAUCGGCGACUUCCACUACGAGGUUAAAUCAUAGUAAUCCAGGUACUCCAGUUUCACAUUCACAUCUAGCAUCAUUGAGUCCAAGUAAUACGACACCUCAAAAAGAACCAUCACUCGAUUUUCCAUCUAAUCAACCACCCAACGUUGAUGGAAUGUUCUGCCGGACGCUCCAAACUCUAGCUCAACAAAAACAACAGCUAGGAGGAACAGUAAAUGCUGCAGGAGUAAAAGAAGCUAAUUUAAUGCCAGUUCCAAGUCCGCAACAAAUUCAAUAUCUUAAUACGUUUGAAGGACAAGAAUUAACGAUUCAAAAACAGCCUAAUACUAGUCUUAAAGACGGUAGUUUACAAAAUAACAGUAGUGUAACAACCAACGCAGAGAUAUCUGGAAGAAUGAUGUCGAGCAAUAUCGAUACGAGUAAUCAAUAUCCAGCAAGAUCUGAAGGAUCAAGUCCUUCGAUAGAGAGUAUGAAUCGAGGUUUUGGUGCUUCCUUACAUAGUCCUCAUACGCCUCAUACACCUCAUACACCAGGUAAUGGGGCACCUCAAACUCCAGUUGAUGUGAAACCAAGUAAUAAAACUUCCACAAGCGCACAAAGUAGUCCUGUACCAUUAAAUCCAUUAACAGAUAGUAUGGGACCACCUCGAACAGUACCAGCGUCUCCUAAUACAAAACCUGAAACAUCUCCACCUUCUUCCAAGGAUUUAGCACAACCGCCACCAUCACAGUCUCAACAGCCACAACAACCGCCAUCACAACAGUCUCAAGUUCAAUCUCAACAACAGCUGCCACCUCAACAGCAACAACUACAACCACAACAGCCACCUCCAACUCAACCAUCUCAACCACAACAACAGCCAUCUGUAUUAAAUCAGAACAAUUCGGCAGCUAAUAACAUAGUAACACCAAUGAGUGGUCCUAUGAACGCAUUUCCAUGCAGUAGAUCGACAGCUAAUGUCAGUCAGCCAUCAGAUAAUGUACCUUUAAAUCCAAACAAUUUAGUAGGGGGAAGACUAGGAAGUAUGGGUUCAAUGAAUGCUAGUCAUUUUGAUCCAAUUACUUCUCUAGCACAAAUGAGCCAACAAUUAACAAAUACAGCAGCAAGUAAUGCUCUUGGAAAUGAUGGCCCAAUGCAUCCAGGAAAUACAGGAAUGAUGCCUUUUAAUAAUCCUCAUGGAAUGCAUAUGAUGCAGAUGGGUCCAAAUGAGAUGAAUGGUGGUUGUCAUAUGGGAGGUGGUGUAAAUGAGCCGAAUGAUGUAGGAGGAAUGUGUAUGGGUCUCGGAGGACCUCCAUCAAGUUAUAGUCCAACUACUUCUCAUACUGGUAGUCCUGUUGGACCAAAUAAAAUUGGUCAUUCUAUGAUGGGACAUGGAAUGAUGGGUGGACAUAAUGGACCUCCAGGUGGUUAUCCUGGUAAUGAUCAACAUGUACCACCACCUAGAUUGAUGGGUCAACAUGUAACAGGUCCCAGUCCUUAUAAUGGAGCUAAUAUUCAAGUUAAACCUAGUGCUCCUAACACAAUACAGUACUUACCAGCAAGGCCGAAUGUUGGUCAUGCACCUCGAGGCCCACCAAGUCUUGAAUUUCUUCAACGUUUUACAAAUCCACUGACUAAUUUAGACUCAAAAAUGCAAUCACCUUCAGUAAAUCUUCAGUACUUCCCAAAUGGAUGUAUGCCAAAUAACAUGGGAGGUCCUCAUUCAGGAAUGUCAGGAAAUAUGGGUAGCGCGGGUCUUCCUGGAAUGGGUAGCGGAGGUCCUAGAAUGGAUGGUCAACCGAUGAAUGCUGGUAUUCAUCCGUCGAUGAGGCCGUCUGUGGGAAAUAUGCGUCCACAGCCAAACAUAAUGCGUAUGCAACAUAUGGUUGGUGGUGGUGUCUUCCCCGGAAGUCCUAUGGAUCCUGACAAAGUCUUCCCACCGGAUAUGGUACCACCUUCUCAGGUGCCAAAUCAACAGAAUCCUGGAAUAUAUGUUCCUGGUAGUAAAGCCAGUCCAAUGGGUCUUGGUCCACCACCAGAUGCAUCUCAACCACUUCCUCCAAGUAUGGGUGGUGCUACUGGAAACUUUAAAAAUAGUCCUUUUGUUGGAGGAGGACCUAUGGCUGAUCCUAAUUAUGCUCAGCAAUUCCACAACUUUCAGCAACAACUCUACGCCACAGGUACAAGAGGUAGUGGCCCACCUCAUCCUAAUCUUCAUCCACCGCCUAAUUCACACUCACAUCAACAGUUUUUUAUGCCUAAGUAAACAUAUAUUGAGUGAAUGUUGUAUAAAAAUAAUUUUUUUUUUAUUACUGAUCCGUCAGAACUGAAAACAUCACCCAGAUGGGUGGACGUGACGGUGAUUGAUAAUCUACAAAUUAUCUGUUUCAAUUUCUUGCCCACCACUUUCGCAAGACUCUACUACAAAAUAUUGUUCCGUGCAAUAUAUAAUAAAUAAUGAAUUUUCCAUGUCGAAAAUUUCGGCUUUCUGUAAAUUUUUUGCGUCAUUAUUCCGUGCCUGUUAAUGAAUCAUCGCGGUGACGUUGUAAAUAUUUGUGUAAAAUCUGGCUUUUCUGUCGUAAAUAUAGUAACAUUAUUAUUUGUAUCGCUCGGAAUGUUCACAUGUCAGAGAUUUAUUGCGAACAGUGGUAUGACACAAUGUCAUAAAUAUGUUAAUAAAGAGGCAAGAAUUUUUAUGUUGUCUCUUUAAUAACAAUAAUUAAAUUUAUAAAAAAUAUAAUUAAAAAUUUAAACAAGAGUCCAUCAAGCCCCGGAAGAAAGGAUUGAAAAAUGUAUUAAAGGUAAAAAAGUAGAUAAAAUGAAGAAAGUACAUACUCUUUAAUAUUAUUAUUAUUAUAUAACAAAAAAGAGACAAAAGUGGGGCAAUGAAAAAAGCUCAAAUUCGUUAUUGUAUAUAUACGCGAUAUAUAUAAAUAUCCCAUCCAUUAAACAUAACUUCGAUAGCAUCCCUUUUUCUCCUCUCCUUUUAUGAAAUUUUUCGUGACCAACUCUGUGCAUAAUCAUGACCUCAUAUAGCACAUAAUUACAUAAAAAUAAUUAUAAUAAUCAUAAUAAUAUUGAUAAUAAUAGAAUAAUAAUAAAUAUUAAU